AUGGCAGUGAAUAGUCCCGGUGGCUACCCACCACUAUCCCCAAAACCCCUCACGCCUAAAAGUCCUCGACACUUCAUCUUCCCACAAAAAAGCCCUUCCAUCACCUCCAGCACCUCUUCCUCAGGUUACUUUACCCCUCAAUCCGGCUGCAGCUACGACAAACACAACCCCCCUCCCAAAUCCCCCAUCGCCCAUGGCCAUAGAAGUCCUAUGAGCCCUAGACACUUCAAUUUCCCACAAAAAUCACCAUCAGGGCGCUCUAGCCCUUGCAACUUUGAUAGAAUACCCCACGGCCUUCACUACACCACUUCUCUCAAGCACGUCCGCCGUGAGAAAUCCAGAUCUCCGAAACCACCACCUGUACACAUUCAUACAAACCCUGGCUACGUAUCCCCUAAUAGGGGAAGAAAACUGUACGGGUCAACCUCCACAGUCAGCUCUCCUAGACUGGUCACGUCUCCUAGUAUCGUAUCUAGCCAUACUGAUGACUCAAUAGACGCGAUGCCUGGCACGCCAUCUGCUAUAGUCCACGACGCGGAUGACGAGGCAACCACCACUUCUUCAAGGAUUUGUCGUAAAUCAACAUCAGAUCUCACCGAUUUAACGGAUGAUACGCCAUGCACACGGUCUACCAGUAUAAGUAGACCUUGCUCGCCGAUGCGCCGAGGCUCCAUGAAAGGUGGUCUCGCUUACUUAGCGAGUAGACGGGGAUCUAGAGAGUCUACGAUGUCGAAUUGUGAUUCUGUGGAGGAUAUUGGACCUCUGAACUUCCAGAAUACGAUGCGCGGACGUCAGAGGCGGACCUCGAACUUCUUGGAGUUACCAGUUGUGGAGCAUGCUCGGCCGCGCGUGUGCUCGCUACCUGAGAAGCCAUACAACCCUAGGCUGUCUGAUGACCUGUACCGUCUGCGUACCUUCUCCAUCACCACUAAGGGCGGCGUCGUCAACUGUGGGGACUCCAUCUGCAAUCGGCGCAGUCGCUCCAAUACAUCUGUCAACUCUACUAACAGCCGGGCUUCUGACAGGUCGCCGUUUGAUGGGUCGUGUUGCUCCGGCUAUCGACCCGUGGACUCCGGCAGCUUGACUACCCCUGACGAGGACGAUCUUGAUCCGAUCCCGAAGUACCGCGUGGUGUUGCUGGGCGACGCCGGCGUGGGCAAGACGGCGCUAGUCUCGCAGUUCAUGACGUCAGAGUACAUGAACACUUACGACGCCAGUUUGGACGACGAGUUUGGGGAGAAAUCAGUAUCGGUUCUGCUCGACGGUGAAGAAUCUGAGCUCAUCUUCAUCGAUCAUCCCAGCACUGAGAUGUCGAUAGAAAACUGUUUAUCUACGUACGAGCCUCACGCAUGCGUGGUAGUGUACUCCGUGGUUGCCAGGAGUUCAUUUACCAGGGCAGCAGAACUGCUGCAAUACUUAGCCAGGGAGCAGUUCACAGUCGACAGGACUGUGGUCCUGGUUGGCAAUAAAGCAGAUCUGGCUAGAGCAAGACAAGUCACUACCAAUGAGGGUAAAGCGCUAGCAACAACAAGAGAUUGCAAAUUUAUUGAAACAUCAUCCGGCAUUCAGCACAACGUCGAUGAACUGCUCGUCGGGAUUCUGAAGCAAAUACGACUCAAAGAGAGUAGAGACAAAAAGCAAGCAAAGAAAGUUAGCAAACAGGAAUCAAAGUCUUCGAAACUCGCAAGUUCCCGAACUCACAUAUCUCUCAGCAUUGCGAGGGAGUUGCUACAGAAGAUUUGCAUCAAUGAUAUUUCUAAAUCAAAAUCCUGCGAGAAUUUGCACGUCCUUUAACCGUUUGUGCGACCUCGAUUGAUAAAACGGCCACGAAAAGUCAAGUUUUGCGAGACCACGUUAUAAACGAAUUCCGAUUUUAAUUUCACUAACACAAGUUUUAAAUU